GCGCGAGAGUAGCAAGCUCACUCGCGAAGUCGUGAGCUCACGCGAUAGUAACUAUUAUGAAUUCGGAGAGGCUCACUUGAUACAGAUUUUUUAUUUUUCUUGCACGGUCACCUCAUUUGACGUGACCUUUGUGUCUCUACGAUGGUGCCACUUAACAAGAAAAGAGCCCUCGCGAUUGUUCUCCUUCUCGCACUGAGGAGGAGGAGGGAACGAAAGAGGCGCUUUUGGGUGCAUCCCUUCAACCUGCGAAGGAAGCAGAGAGGGGAUUUUUAUCACCUUGUGGCAGAGCUGAGGCUGGACAGGAAUCGCCAUCAGGAAUACUUCAGGAUGAGUGUAGAGAAGAUGGACGAACUGCUGUCUCUAGUUGGUCCUGAGCUCAGGCGGCAAUCAACCUCUUUCAGAGCCCCUAUAGAGCCCAAACAAAGACUGGCAGUUGGACUAAGGUACUUGGCCUCUGGGGACUCCAUGGUCAACCUCGCUUGUAGCUAUCGGCUCGGUCACUCCACUGUGAGAAACUCUGUUCACAUGGUUUAUUCAGCCAUUGAGAAGGUAAUGAUGGAGCGUUUCCUCCCCAAACCAACAGAAGACACAUGGAAGGAGGUGGCACAAGGCUUCUGGGAAAAGUGGAAUUUUCCAAACUGCUUCGGCGCCAUUGACGGAAAACACAUUUCCAUACAGUCACCGCCACGUGCCGGCAGUCAGAACUCCAGUCAUGACAGAACUUUUGAAAUCUUGCUAUUGGCACUUGUGGAUGCUGACUGCAGGUUCCGAUUUAUUCAGGUUGCAGACUUUUGGAGAACCGAUGAUGGAGGGAUGUUUGCUGGGUCCGAUCUGGCAAAAAGCAUAAAAAGUGGAACUCUCCAUGUGCCACCCAGUGCACCUCUCCCCGGUGCAGCACAUCUGGGUGAUGUACCAUUUGUCAUGGUGGGUGAUGCAGCUUUCCCGCUGAAGACGUAUCUGAUGAGGCCUUACCCUGAAGUGAGGCUAAAUGGCAAAAACAGAAUAUUUAACUACCGACUUUCGAGAGCAAGGAAAGUGGUGGAAAAUGCUUUCGCCAUUCUCGCAUCACGGUGGAGGAUUUUCUUUCGUCACAUCAACCUGCAACCACAACGUGUCGAAACGCUGGUUGCUGCGGCUUGCAUUCUGCACAACUUCCUGAUAGACCCAAAUGAGAACCAGAGAAUCCUUAAUGAAGCAGAGCAAUUAGGGCACCGCAUGGCAGCAGUGCAAAAUAUGGGUGGGAACAGGUCAUCAAAGGCGGCCAUUGGUGUCAGGGAGACCUUGACCACAUUUUUCAACUCUGAUGAGGGCAGUGUGCCUUGGCAAAGCAAGAUGAUUUAACAUCAUGAACCAAAGUAACUUUAAUGGACAGAAUUUCUAGGGCCAGCAAAGGUGUUGAUAGGGUCAAUUUCAGUGGCCUUAAGGUCCUGUUUCUAUUUUCUGCACAUGAUGUGGUUCUGUUGGCUUCAUCAGGCAUGAUCUACAGCUCUCCCUUGAGAGGUUUGCAGCUUAGUGUGAAGCAGCCGGGAUUUUGUUGUUUUUUUUUUGUGUGUGUGUGUAAGAAUUCUGGUGUCAGUGAAAAGUAUUUAUUUUGUAAAUAUAUGUCUUAAAAUUUUGUUUUUUUCAUAGGCCUCUUAUAACGAUAAAGUAUGGUGCCCAGAACCUCCCUUUGAGGACAUUCAGUGGUCCUGCUACACAGCGUUGUAACCUCUCAACAUUUCUCAUGUCAUUGGCAUAACUAAAUUUUAUUUUAAUGCAUUUUGCAUUUCUAAAAAAAAAAAAAAAAAA